CGGGGAGGGGAGAGGCUCUGAGAGGCGAGGCCGGGUGAGGCGGCAAGGGCGGCCCGACGGGCGCGGGACGGGACGGGGCAGCGCGGGCGCCGGGAGCCGCGGCCCGGAGUCGGGGCGCCUCGCCCCGGGCCCCCCAGCAUGAAGACCCCGGCGGACACAGGGUUCGCCUUCCCGGACUGGGCCUACAAGCCGGAGUCGUCCCCUGGCUCGAGGCAGAUCCAGCUGUGGCACUUCAUCCUGGAGCUGCUGCGGAAGGAGGAGUACCAGGGUGUCAUCGCCUGGCAGGGAGACUACGGGGAGUUCGUCAUCAAGGACCCGGACGAGGUGGCCCGGCUCUGGGGCGUGCGCAAGUGCAAGCCACAGAUGAAUUACGACAAGCUGAGCCGGGCCCUGCGCUACUAUUACAACAAGCGCAUUCUACACAAGACCAAGGGGAAACGGUUCACCUACAAGUUCAACUUCAACAAACUGGUGCUGGUUAAUUACCCUUUUAUCGACGUGGGGUUGGCUGGGGGUGCGGUGCCCCAGAGCGCCCCUCCAGUGCCGACAGGUGGCAGCCACUUCCGCUUCCCUCCCUCGACGCCCUCCGAGGUGCUGUCCCCCACCGAGGACCCCCGCUCGCCGCCAGCUUGCUCCUCGUCCUCAUCCUCCCUCUUCUCGGCUGUGGUGGCCCGCCGCCUGGGCCGCGGCUCCGUCAGUGACUGCAGCGAUGGCACGUCGGAGCUGGAGGAGCCACUGGGCGAGGAUCCCCGGGCCCGGCCACCAGGUCCUCCGGAGCUGGGUGCCUUCCGAGGACCCCCCCUGGCCCGUCUGCCCCACGACCCUGGCGUCUUCCGAGUCUAUCCCCGGCCCCGGGGUGGCCCUGAGCCCCUCAGCCCCUUCCCUGUGUCGCCUCUGGCGGGGCCUGGCUCCCUGCUGCCCCCUCAGCUCUCCCCGGCUCUGCCCAUGACGCCCACCCACCUGGCCUACACACCUUCGCCCACGCUGAGCCCGAUGUACCCCAGCGGCGGGGGGGGCCCCAGCGGCUCAGGGGGAGGCUCCCACUUCUCCUUCAGCCCCGAGGACAUGAAACGGUACCUGCAGGCACACACCCAGAGCGUCUACAACUACCACCUCAGCCCCCGCGCCUUCCUGCACUACCCCGGGCUCGUGGUGCCGCAGCCUCAGCGCCCCGACAAGUGCCCGCUGCCGCCCAUGGCGCCGGAGACCCCGCCGGUCCCCUCCUCGGCCUCGUCCUCCUCUUCCUCCUCCUCCUCCCCGUUCAAGUUUAAGCUCCAGCCACCCCCACUAGGACGCCGGCAGCGGGCCGCUGGGGAAAAGGCUCCUGCGGGCGCCGACAAGGGCAGCGGUGGAGGUGGCGCCGGCGCCGGCGGGCUGGCCGAGGGGGUGGGGGCGCUGGCCCCUCCGCCGCCGCAGAUCAAGGUGGAGCCCAUCUCGGAAGGCGAGUCGGAGGAGGUGGAGGUGACUGACAUCAGCGACGAGGAUGAGGAAGAUGGGGAGGUGUUCAAGACGCCCCGCGCCCCGCCUGCGCCCCCCAAGCCGGAGCCCGGCGAGGCGCCCGGGGCGGCCCAGUGCAUGCCCCUCAAGCUGCGAUUCAAGCGGCGCUGGAGUGAGGACUGUCGGCUGGAGGGGGGCGGGGGCCCCGCUGGGGGCCUGGAGGAUGAGGGUGAGGACAAGAAGGUGCGUGGUGAAGGCCCGGGGGAGCCCGGGGGCCCCCUCACUCCCAGGCGGGUGAGCUCCGACCUCCAGCGUGCCACGGCCCAGCUCUCCCUGGAACCCCGAGAUUCCUGAGGGCUGUGGGCCGGGGACCCAGGUCCCCCCACCCCGCAAUGCUUUUGCUGCCUUAACCCCGCCCCUCCCGUGCCCUGGAGGUGAGGGCAGCUGUCUGGUUUUCCUGCCUCCUCCCUUUCCCCUCCACAUUUUGUAUAAAACUUUUUUUUUUUUUAAACGGUGGGGUGGGUGGGUGCCCAGGGCUGGGGACUGUCCCUUGUGUCUGGGUUUUCUGAGUUCCAGGCAAAGUGGUGGUGGGGGAGGGGUGGGAGUCGUCGGGGGGCCACCUCCAUUCUGGGGAGCAGAUGUUUGAACUGAGGCUGUGUGGCCUUGGCACCCAGGAACUUUUUUAUUACAAUCGUUUAGGAAAUCAAA